AUGUACGACGUACUGGUGUCGGGAGGCUCUGUGUCUUCCGUCCCGACGACUCCAGGUCGAGCGAGUCCACCUCUGCAGCGGGACCUUGCGUUCCUCGAGUCGUCGGAGACGGGAUCAACAGAACCAUUCCCAACGGACGGCCUUCUGGAACACCACUCGUAUUCCCGGGUACGGGACACACCUGAGGUGAUGAUGGCCGAUCAUUACGAUGAGGAAGCGGAUAUUUUCUCAUUUGGUGUGAUGUUAUCGGAGUUGGAUCUUCACUCGUUACCAUAUUCGCACGCGAGAAUUGAUCCGAACACUGGGAGGAAGGCACUGGACGCGGUGAUUCUACAAAAGGUGGCGACCGGUGCCUUGCAAAUGUCGUUUUCAUCCAGCUGUCUGGCUUCAGUGGUGGAGUUAGCGGAAAGUGCAUUGCGCUGGACCCGUCAUGCCGUCCAUCAGCUCCGAUGGUAG